AUGGAUAAGAGUUGGAUGUGGAAAGAUAGAAGAAGUGGUGAAUUUGAAAAGGGUUUGGAAUUAUUCUUAAACUAUGCAUUUAAGCAUUCAAGUCAUGGGAAUGGAAUGAUUGCUUGUCCAUGUUCAGAAUGUAAAUGUGGAGUAUGUGUGUCUAGGGCAGAUGCAAAAAUUCAUUUGAAGGUGUUUGGAUUUCUUAAGGGAUACACACAGUGGGUAGCUCACGGGGAAUUUGUAUACUCUUCUGCACCGAUACAGACCUCAGACAAUGUUCCUCAUAACGUAUCUGAUAUAGGUGAUGACAUGAAUGGUCUAGUUCAUGAAGCCUUAGGAAUACCUCAACAAGAUCCUGCUAUGACUGGUAUAUUUGAAUCUAAUCAGGAACUACCGAAUUCAGUUGCUGAAAAGUUUUAUAAGUUAAUUGAUGAUUCUCAACAAGAACUCUACCCUGGUUGUAAAAAUUUUUCCAAGCUUUCGUUCAUAAUUCUCUUGCUUCACUUGAAGUGUCUGGGUAAAUGGAGUAACAAAAUCUUUGAUAUGCUUCUUGAUUUGUUAAGAGAAGCAUUUCCUGAAGCCAUGGAAAAAUUGCCUAAAUCUUACUAUGAGUCUGAAAAAUUAAUGAAAGAAUUAGGACUUGGAUAUGAAAAGUAUGAUGCUUGUCCUAAUGAUUGCACUUUGUAUUGGGGGGUAAAUGCAAAAAGAACUUGUUGUGAAACAUGCAAAGAACUUAGAUGGGAAGCAUCAGAAAAUGAUCCAUCCGGUGAGAAAAGAAAAGUCACACGUAAGGUUUUAUGGCAUUUUCCACUAAAACCCAGGUUGCAACGUUUAUUUAUGUCAUCUAAAACUGCAAAGCAUAUGAGAUGGCACUCGGAGGGUCGUACUAAGGAUGGUUAUAUGAGGCACCCUGCUGAUUCCCCAGCUUGGAAAACUUUCGAUUAUCAGCAUACAGAUUUUUCUAAGGAUCCUCGUAAUGUUAGGUUGGGAUUGGCUUCCGAUGGAUUUAAUCCAUUCAAAAGUCCACAUGCUCCUGGUAAUGAUAUUGAUGUAUAUUUACAACCUCUAAUCAAAGAAUUGAAAGAAUUGUGGGAGAUGGGGAUCAAUACAUAUGAUGCAUCUUGCAAACAAAACUUUCAAUUAAGAGCAGCAUUAUUAUGGACUAUCAGUGAUUUUCCUGGCUAUGCAGUUUUAUCCGGUUGGAGUACUAAAGGAAAAUAUGCAUGCCCUGUUUGUCAUAAACACACAACUUCACAACGGUUAAGGCAUAAGGAUUGUUAUAUGGGCCAUAGAAAAUUUUUGGAUCCGGCUCAUACUUUUAGGAAGAAUUCUCGAGCUUUUAAUGGAAAGGAAGAACAUGGGAGAGCUCCUGAAAAUUUGAUGGGGUCUACAAUUUUAUCUGAAUUGAAAAAUUUUCAAAUCAGAUUUGGAAAAUUAGUUGAUGAUAAUCCAACAUUGCCAUUCAGUUGGAAAAAGUUGAGCAUUUUCUUUGAUCUUCCUUAUUGGAAGGAUAAUUUAAUUCGUCAUAAUUUGGAUGUCAUGCAUAUUGAAAAGAAUAUUUGUGAUUGCAUUGUUGGGACAUUGUUGAAUCUGGAUAAAAAUAAGGAUGAUUAUACUGCACGCUGUGAUUUACGUGACAUGGGUAUAAGGCCGGAACUUCAUCCAGUUGAGAAAGAAAAUGGUAGAUUUUAUUUGCCUCCAGCCUGCUUUACAAUGGACAGGAAGGAAAAAGAAAUUUUCUGUAAAGUGCUAAAAAAAGUGAAGGUACCGGACGGGUAUGCAGCUAAUAUAUCUAGAUGUGUGAAAGUGAAGCCGCCCAAAAUUUAUGGACUUAAGAGCCAUGAUAACCAUAUUUUGAUGCAGCAGUUGUUGCCAAUAGCUUUGAGAAAAACAUUAUCGAAGGCAGUCCGCUCUCCAUUGAUUAAAUUGAGUAGGUACUUUCGAAAGUUGUGCUCUAAAGUCCUUUGUGCUGAAGAUUUAGUCCACAUGGAGAAGGAGAUUGCUAUUAUACUUUGUCAACUCGAGAGAAUCUUUCCACCAUCUUUUUUUGUUAUCAUGGUGCAUUUAUCUAUCCAUUUGGCCACCGAGGCAAAAAUUGGAGGGCCAGUCCAUUAUCGCUGGAUGUAUCCUAUUGAAAGGUACUUGGGCACCUUGAAGUCUUAUGUUCGAAACAAAAGUCGACCAGAAGGUUGCAUUGCUGAAGGGUAUAUAGCAGAAGAGUGCUUGACAUUUUGUUCAUUUUUCUUGGCUGAUUAUGUGGAGACAAAAUUGAAUCGAUCAAACAGAAAUGAAGAGGUCGCUAAAAGUUCUUCAACUGGACUGGAUUUGUUCUCAAUGUCAACUCGUCCAUUAGGCAAAGGAAUUCCCACUAAAUUCAGCGAUGAGAUUUUGAGAAAAGCACAUCAAUAUGUCCUAUUCAAUUGUGACCAUGUCAAUCCCUAUAUCAACCAGCAUUAUCAAUUGAUUCAAGAAAGGAAUCCCCGAGCUGGAAAACAUGUUAUUGAACUCAUGCAUAGUGAGAAUUUUGCAUCUUGGUUUGCCAAUCAUAUUGAGCACAAUAUAGAGUGCAAGGGAGAUACAUUACUUAUGGAUUUGAAGCAGCUUGCUAAGGGUCCAAAUAUUGUUGGGAUACAAUACAAAGGACUGCUUGUCAAUGGUUUUCGAUUUCAUACAAGAGAGUUGGAGAAAAAAAGAAAAACACAAAAUAGUGGAGUCAUGGUUAUGGCCGGUAUGAGUGGACAGGGUGGAGGUGAGUCCCCUCAGAGGCGGCCACGAGUUAUCCAUUACCAGGAGAGGCCGGGAGGUCCGAUCCGGCUUUGGUACACUGCCAGCCGGACCCGCCGCUGUAGGCGUUGCCAGUACUACUCUUAUGCCGACCAUGUGGUCUUGGCGGUGCUAGAUGAGAGGAGGAGACUUAGGAGUGCCGCCGCUAGGGAUCACCAGGAGCUACUUAGACUGAGAGGCAUCACGAGGAUGCAGGCUGACCGGAUCGGAGAGCUCCAAGGAGACAUAGCUAUGGAGCAGGAGCGAACUAACACUCUUAGGGAACAGUUGCAGGUGGUGAACACCUGCCUUACUAAUGUCAUCCGGGAGGUUAGAGAUCGUUCCGGAGGCAUUAUUAACGAGUGUGAGGCGCUGAUCCAAGGUAUGAUUGGCGCCAAUGCGCAGGUAGUGGCUCUGUCGCGCCCCACUUUUUGA